ACGAGUUGGCAGCACUGCAACACAACGUGCCUAUUUGUUUGGCGUGAAUUUAUCUUAAUCCUCACAUUAAACCCUACAUAUAAUGAAUUCAAACCCUUAAAACAAGAAGAAAGUACGUCAUGAGCAUCUAUCACGACGAAGUGGAAAUCGAGGAUUUUGAGUACGACGAAGAGGAGGAGAUGUACUACUAUCCCUGUCCUUGCGGCGAUCGAUUUCAGAUCUCCAAGGAGGAACUGAUCGAGGGUGAGGAGGUUGCCACCUGUCCCAGUUGCUCGCUAGUCAUCAAGGUCAUAUACGAUCCGGACAUGUUCAAGGCAGAGGAAGAUGAGGAAUCCGUCCUGAACGAGAAACUUAGCGACUUGAAGCUGGAGAAGAACUAAAACUAACUUUUUGGUGUAAUUAAAUAGUUUUUAUUUAUAUAUUUUUAUAUAGACUCCAUUUUAGUGUAAAUAAUACGUUGACUAGUAAAACAAUGAAUUCAAAAUAUGCAAGCUCGCGGAAA